UCACCUUAGGUUAGGUUGGGUUGAGUUACUUUUGUCUGCUGUCUAGGUUUUCAUUGUUGUAUUGUCUGUCUCUGCGGGAAGGUAUGGAUUCCGAUCUGUGCAUCGAAAGGAACGAUUCCAAAUGGGAGAUUAGAGAUUCACCGGCGAAGAAGCAAAGGUGCGAGGGUUACGCUUCCCCGCCACCUCCACCAUCACCAUCAGCGCUUUGUUCAUCAGCAGAAGAAGAAAAAGAAGACCCUAGAUCUAAAAUCGUAUUCUAUAACUACGAUGAUGAUUCAGAUGUGGAAGAUGAUAGUGAUGGAAUGCAUGAGUUUACUGAUAAGGAAUUCCAAGAGUAUGAUAGACAGUUAACCCAAAGUGAUGUCUUUGAUGUCAUGUACUUCCCACGCUCGUUUGGGUUUGGUGGAACAUCGCCGGUUUUUAACCUGGAUGAGAUUGCCGACGAUCUCAAAACGUUUGCGGAAUUAGCGCUUAAGCAAUACAAUGACAAAGAGAAAAUAUGUGUGCAGUUUAAGAAUCUGGAGUUUGUGAAGGUUGUGAAGGCAAACAGGGGUUUAUGUGCUGGGUUUAAGUAUUAUAUUACCUUUGAUGUUAAGGAUGCUGAUGCUGUUGAUGGUGGUACUAUGGAAUUUGAAGCUUGUGUUUGGGAUGGGAUCGGCCAUACUGACGUACUAAUUAGUAGGCUGAAAAUAAGCACUUAGUCAAGAUGGGCCUGGGGUCUUGUUAUUAGCUUCCUACAUCUCCAGGUUGUCAAAAGUAUUUGCUAGACUUCACAGUUGUUUGAAUCGCCUGGUAUCACAUGUAUGGUAUAGAUAGCUUGGUCUUGAUCAAAACCUACCUCAUGAUAAUGUUCCUCAUUUAACGAAUUGGCCACAUCCUAGGAUGAGUUUUGACGUUGCUCCAAUGGUUGCUCUUUAUUCUUGGAAUUAGGUCAUCUUUGCCCACAUUGUGGGCAUUAUGAUCAUCAUUGGCUGUGGCUUCCCCUGUGGCUUCUGUACGUUCCUCCAUUCUACUCUUGGUUUCUUUCCCCAGUCAUUCCUGAGUACAGCAUAAACCAAAGACUGGUUGAGCACCCAUUGGUACACUUUGACCCCUUCAAAAUUCUCAUUCCUGUUGUCCAGGUGAAACUUUUCCACCAGUUCGCUACCCACUUCAAUCUCAACACAGAUUUUGGCAAAAGUAAUUAUCUUUUGUUAUUCAGCUGGAAUUUGCAUAACGCUUGCAAUGUGGCUUAACCCUUGCUCAUUCCAAUAUUAGAAGGGGACGUUGAAGAAUUUAGCCCAGCGAGGAAAUUUUACUAGACUUUCCUUCCACAAGUUAAGUCAGUAGUCCCACUUUAGGACCAUUAGCUUCCCUUCCCUCCAAAAUGCUAUGGCUUCCCUUCCAAAACUGAAUCGAAAGAAGAAGAAACCCUUUUCAGUAGACAUAACAUGAAUCAGUCCACUCUUCCCCCAUAGUUUUUGGCAAUAGAGUUAAUAACAAAAGCAUAACUUCCUAUUAAUAAAGUAACCCACCAGGCAAUCAUUCCAUCCAUCUACCUAGACACAUGACGGUGGAGUAACCUUAUUUUCCUCAUCCUUCUUGGAUGCAAAAUAUUCUAGAUUUAUCUUGGCCACCCAUCCUCUGACAUGGUUUCAGAGCUGAAAAUGUUGAGAUGGGUGAGUAAAAGUUGAUACAGCUUCAUAUGAUUAAAUUCUGAGAGAGACAACACCAAUUUGUAUGCUAAAUGUGAAAAUUGUCUGAAUUAUAUAAUGGGUUACCUAUAGGGCCAUAGUCUAAACAAACGACUGCACUAUGUUGUACCAUAUGUUGAAUAAAAUCUUGACUAAUAACUUGCAACUUUAGAGUAGGUUGAAGCAAUAACUGAACACUAAUACUGUGUUUGGAUCAUCGAUUUAGGUUGGGAUUUGGAAAGAAAAGAAAAUGCGAGGGAAAUGGAUAAAAAAUUUAGCUUUUAUUUUAUUCACAUUUCCCUCACAAUUUUGUUCCCCUUUCCAAAUUCUUACGCAAAUCCAUGAUCCAAACACAACAUAAGAGUUGAGAUUGCAAGUACUCGCAUAUUUGUUUUGAUCACAUAGAAAACUGAACAGCCAUAAAAGUGUUUUCUUUAAUCAACAUUGGUGAACAAGUGGUUGCUUUAGAUGCUUC